CAGGCAGGAACGGGUUUGUACAUGCGCUCGCCUGCGGCCGCCUGCCUGCCCCAUAGUAUUCUGCUGCUGUCGGCGAGCUUCGCCCGCCCCCUCCGCGUGGCGCCACCGUCUCCACGGGCAUCCGUGCGCUGCAGUGCGGCCAGCUUUGCUGAGCUUGGCCUGCGCGCCGAGACCAUCGAUGCGCUGGACCGCCUCGGCGUGGUGGCGCCCAACGAGCUGCAGGCCCGCGCGAUGCCGGCGCUGGCCGGGCGUGGCGACCUGAUCGUCGGCGCCCAGACGGGCUCGGGCAAGACCCUCACCUACUUGGUGCCCAUCAUGCAGACGCUCAAGGCGGACGAGGAGGCGGCGGGCGCGCGCGCCAAGCCCAAGCGGCCGCGCGCGCUCGUGCUGGUGCCGACGCGCGAGCUGGCGGUGCAGGUGCACGAGGUCGGCCGCACGCUUGGGCAGUCGCUCCGCCUCUCCGUCAAGGCGGUCUCCGGCGGCACGCCCGUCGCUCCGCAGGCGCGGAUGCUCUCUCUGCCUGUGGAUGUCCUCGUCGCGACGCCAGGGCGGCUGCUGCAGCUUGUGGACAAGGGGUCGCUCUUCCUGGGUGACGUGCGCCACGUCAUCGUCGACGAGGUGGACACCAUGUUUGAGGCGGGCUUCGGCGACGAGCUCGACAAGCUCCUCGCCAUCACCACGCGCAACCUCGCCGCGGACCCGCGCGCCGCCGCCGCCGCCGCCGCCGGCCGCGCGGCGGCGCGCGUGCAGCACGUGGCCGUUGGGGCGACACACCCGGCGGCGGCGGUCGCUCUCUACGAGCGGCGGCUGAGCGGCGCCAAGCAGAUGAUGGUUGGCGGCGUGCACACCGUCCCCGCGCAGCUGGAGCAGAGGUUCGUGACGUGCAAGGGCCCCGACGGCAAGGUCGCGGCGCUGCGCGAGCUGCUCGGUCCUCCGCUCGGUCCGCCGGAGGAGGGACGGCCGACCCUGGGGCGGGUCGUCCUCUUUUGCAACUCGCAGGACUCCGCGAGGUUCGUCGACCGUCACCUCGAGGAGGAGGGCUACGCGACGGCAAACUACCACGGGGCGAUCCCCGCCAAGGCGCGCGCGGACAACUUCGAGCGCUUCGUCGCGGGCGGCGCCUCGCCCCUAGAUGCGGAACGCGCGUCUGUCCUCGUGACAACCGACCUGGCGGCGCGCGGGCUCGACAACUUGCAGGUCGAGCAUGUCGUCCAGUUUGACUUCCCGAAGAGCGCCGCCGACUACCUCCACCGCUGCGGCCGCACCGCACGCGCCGGCAGCCGCGGCGCGUCUCACUCGCUCGUCACCAAGUAGCCGCUCGCCGAUCUCGCGUCCCCGCCGCGUCUGCACGGCGCCCCCCCCCCCCUUCUCGAUUGCGGGCCCACCCCCUCCUAUAGGCACGACACCGAGCUCGUGCGGGCCAUCCGCGCCGCCCACGCCGCGGGGGAGGACAUGAUCGAGGCGACCGCCGCCGCCGCCGCCGCCGCCGCGACGUCGGCGAGCGUGCUGCGCGUCAACCCGACCAAGCGGUCCGCCUUCCCGACGGGGAAGGGGGUCGGAGGGGCGACGCCUGCGAGCGGGGAGUGGGGCGACCGCGCGCGGGGGGGCGACCGCAGCGCGCGUGGGCGCGGCGGGCGCGGCGGGCGCGGCGGGCGCGGCCGUGGCGCGC